AUGGUACCUGGUCACCGCACAAUGGCCGAACAGCUGAGCACAGCAACGCUGGAGCUCAUUUCAGACAUCACUCGGAAGGUUGACGAGGAGCAUGCUGCCACAAUCGAGAGGAAUAGGGCGGCUUUGGAAAGCCUGGUGGAGCAGGCCGCGGCCAGCGAGCUGAAGCAGAAGAUCCUUGCCACUGUCCAAGCCCUGAAGGAGGGCCUCCUGGAGCGAGAGAUGGAGGUUCGGCUGCUGCUACUGGCAGCUCUGGCAGGGGAGCAUCUGCUGCUGCUUGGGCCGCCGGGGACAGCCAAGUCGGAGCUGGCACGGCGCAUGGCGCGCCUCACGGGCGGCACAUACUUUGAGCGCCUGCUUACUCGCUUCUCAGUGCCCGAGGAGCUGUUCGGCCCCCUCUCCAUGAAGGGUCUGGAGGACGAUGAGUACGUGAGGCAGAUAGACGGCUACCUGCCCACCAGCGAGGUGGCCUUCAUUGAUGAGAUCUUCAAGGCUAACUCGGCCAUUCUGAAUGCGCUGCUCACGCUGCUCAACGAGCGCCUCUUCGACAACGGCAACCAGCGCCUGCGUGUUCCCCUCCUCUGCCUGGUGGGCGCCUCGAACGAGCUCCCCGAGAGCGAGGAGCUGGAUGCGCUCUACGACAGAUUUCUGAUCAGACGUCACGUGGCCCAGGUGUCAUCAGCACAGCUGGGAUCCCUUGCGCGGUUGGCUGCAGGCCAGCUGGCCAGCCCCUCGUCGGGUGAUGGUGCGGCCUCCUCCAGCGGGACAGAGUUCAACGGCGCGGCCACUAGCGUGGCCGACGGCACCGGUAGAUUCAGCGACCUCACCCUCGAAGAGUUCAGGGGCACGGCCAAGGCGGCCUACAAUGCGGUGGAGCUGCCGGAUGCUGUGAUCGACAUCCUGACGUCGCUGCGAAACUACCUGCAGGACAAGUGCGAGCCGCCCGUCUACGUCUCCGACCGCCGCUUCAUGAAGUCCGUCAACCUGCUGCAGGUCGCCGCUCACGCCGACGGCCGCGACCAGGUGCACGAGUACGACUGCCUCCUGCUGGAGCAUGUGUUUGGGCAGCGGCCGGACGACGCGCACAAGGUGAAGCAGUUUGUGCUGGACACCAUCGCCAGCGACCCGGGACUGCAGCAGACCGAACUCGUCUUCCUCGGCCUCUUCGGCCGCGCCUGCCGCGUCCUCGAAGCCCGCGACCAGCAGGCGCGCCCCUCUGAAUCCACCCAUGAGUUGGAGGAGACCCGGAAAGAGGCGGCUGCAGUGGUGGAGCUGCUUGACCUGCGCCAGGGAGGCCUCGCGCAAACGCUAGACGGCAACUUCCCCGACCUGCGCAACUCUGUGUGGCAGUCCGAGUCCACCGUCCAGGCCGCUGUCCAGGCGCUGACGCCGCAGAUGACUGAGAACAAGAAGAGGGUGGAGGAGCUGCUGCGCGAGGCGCUGAUUUUGCAGGCCGCGCUCUCCAACGAGACCGAGCCAGGCCUACUGGAGCGCCUGCUGCCCAAGCGCUAUAAGCAGUACCAGAAGGGCAUCUCCUCCAGGGCCUAG